AUCCUUUUUCCCUUUAAAGUGAGGCAUUAGGUUGGGUAGUUAACAAGAACUUUCUCUUUCUGCUUUAACUCUCUUUUGUUUCUUUAUAGUCAUUGAUAUCUACAACUAUUCUUACUUAAAAGUAGUGGUACUACUACAAGUUUUUUACUUCUUGAAAGUUGAAAGCUUUGUUGUCCAAAAAAUUUCUUUUCUCCUUUUAUAUUGAAUAGUCUGAAGCUGGUUAUUUUGAAAAAAAACAAAAUGGGUGCUUCUGGAAAAUGGGUGAAGGCUUUGAUAGGAUUCAAGAAGACUGAAAACGAUGAUCGUGAGAAGAAGAGCAAGAAAUGGAAGCUAUGGAGGAGUUCAUCAGGUGAGUCUUCAUGGAAGGGUUUGAAGUACAGAAAUGUUGGGUCAGAAGGGUCAGAUUGUUCAUCAGUGAACAAUGAUGCUUAUAAUGCUGCUGUAGCUACUGUGGUUAGAGCUCCUCCAAAAGAUUUCAAGGCUGUUAGGGAAGAAUGGACUGCUAUUAGGAUUCAAACUGCCUUUCGUGGAUUCUUGGCAAGAAGAGCAUUAAGGGCGUUGAAAGGAUUGGUAAGGCUUCAAGCUCUUGUUAGGGGCAGACAAGUAAGAAAGCAGGCUGCAGUGACUCUUAGGUGUAUGCAAGCUCUAGUUCGGGUACAAGCCCGAGUUAGAGCUCGUCGUGUUCGUAUGUCCAUGGAGGGCCAGGCUGUGCAGAAGUUACUGGAGGAACACCGUGGCAAACUCGACCCCUUGAAAGAAGCUGAGGAAGGAUGGUGUGACAGUAAAGGGACUCUUGAUGAGGUCAAAACAAAGAUACACAUGAGGCAAGAGGGAGUCUUAAAAAGAGAAAGAGCACUUGCGUACUCUCAAGCUCAAAAGUCUAAAUCAAGCCAGAAUUUUGAUUCUAGAACCACUAUCGCGGUUCCAUCACUCAAAAGUCUUGAUUAUGAUAAGAGUAAUUGUGGAUGGAGUUGGUUAGAACGUUGGAUGGCAGCAAGGCCAUGGGAAAACAGAUUGAUGGAACAAGCAUACACUGAUUCCCUCGAGACCACACCAAAGUCCAAGGACAAUCAAUUGAAGACAUCUGAACCAUGCUCCGUCAAAGUGAAAAAGAACAAUGUCACCAAAAGGAUAUCAGUGAAACCUCCUACUACUCGUUCUUCUUCAAGCCCAAGUUCUGAAUUUAGAUAUGAUGAGAGUUCAGCAUCCUCUUCAUUCUGCACAUCAACAACACCGAUAUCUGGAAGCACAAUGUUGGCAUCUGAUAGAACUGAAGAUAGCAGCAAUAGUAGUCGACCGAAUUACAUGAGCCUAACUGAGUCAACCAAGGCCAAGCAGAGAAAUCAGCGAAUGCUUAGACAGUCCAUGGAUGAGUUCCAGUUUCUUAAGAACUCUGGCUUACUCAGUAGUAAUGGUGACUCAAAGAGUUGUGCUGGUUAUGAUUCUUCACUCAAUUUCACAAGACCUCUCUGUCUUCCUACUAGAAUGGAUAGGUUCUCUAGAUUAGGGGACAAACAGAAUUGUGUCUUUGAGUAAUAAUAGAAUGACUAGGGCAGUGACAACCAAUACAACAGCUUCUUGUUGUAGAAAAAAAAAAAUCAAAAAGCUGGUGUGGUAUGUUUAAUUUUUUCUGGACUUGGUUUGCGGUUGUCAUUCGUAGCAAGUAUGUUAUUAUAUAGAUCAUUUGCUCUAUUAUCAUAAA